GGUAAAAUGGGGGAUACAAAUAUGAAAGUAAACAAAUGAAAGUAACAAUAGGCUUAUAAAGUUAGUACAAGCUAACCUUAUCCUUGACACCUGUCAAACCAAAACCCUCAACUCAACAAUGGAUGCUUUACUCCAAUAGUUACAUUGUUCCAAUUCCUUUCUCAACUCUUCAUCUUUCACAAACUCAAUGGCUUCUACUACACCUUCUGUUUCCUCUUACAUCUGCACCAGAAUCUACAACCUUUCAUCCACACACUCUUCCAUUUCUCUCACCACAAACUUCCCUCAAAGACCCAUAUCCUAUAAACCCCUCAAUCUCAUCCUCAAGUCUCAAAGUUUCACUCUUUCCCCUCUCACACUUCAAUCUCUUCAACCCCUAUUCGCUGCAGCAGAUGCAUUUGAAACUAAUGUAGACACCACAGUUUCUCAACAAGAGGAACAAGAAACAGAAACAGAACAGGAAACAUCUGAUGAACCAAAGAAAGAGGAAGAACAGAAAGUGUCAACCUCAGACAAUGCUGGAAGACUCUACGUUGGAAAUUUGCCGUUUCGAAUGACUUCUGCUAAAUUGUCUGAGAUCUUUGCAGAAGUUGGCAAUGUCGUCUCUGUUGAGGUGGUGUAUGAUCGAGUUACCGCCAGAAGUAGAGGAUUUGCAUUUGUUACAAUGAAGAGUGUUGAAGAUGCUAAAGCAGCAAUUCAAAUGUUUGAUGGUUCUGUAAGUCUUCUACAAUAGCUUGUAAUUAGUUUGUUUUGAUUCAUUUAUGCUCAUCA